AUCCAUACAGCCCAGCAGCAAGAUGGCGGAUAAGGAAGUAGCAGAAAUAGCCAGGCAGCCGAAAUAGCGGAGCCCGGAGGUAUUUUCUUCCGAAAGAAUGAUUGACACAUCAAACUAUGCCAGUCCCAGUCGUAAAAUCGAGGAGUUAAAGCCGGUGUCGCCAAAUGGUCAACCAGAAAACGAAUGCGAAAAUACAGGACGAAGCACGAGUGCUUCGCUUUAUGAAUACCUCUAUGGGGAGCUGCGAAGAGGGUAUUACUUAGAAAAUGACGAGCAGCGUUACGAAGAUAGGAGAGAAAAGUUUUACAUAUUCUUCAAAAUUCCCAGAGAAUUAGAAAAGUUCAUGCUGUAUGGAUUCUUCCAGUGUGCGGAUGCUUUCCUCUUUGUGUUCACGCUACUCCCCCUGAGGUUCAUGCUUGCUCUCUGGUUCCUGCUGGUCUACGCGCUCAAGACCCUGUCGAGCGUCUUCCUGAACGCCCGGGGCACUGCUCCCAGCCGGGUGCUUCAGCCAGCAGAGAUCUGCGACCUCCUCAAGGGCAUCAUUCUCGUCGCCGUCUGCUUCCUGGUCAGCUACGUGGACACUUCCAUGCUGUACCACAUUGUCAAGAGUCAGUCCGUCAUCAAGCUGUACAUCUUCUUCAACAUGCUGGAGGUGGCAGACAAGCUGUUCUCGUCCUUUGGACAGGACAUCCUAGAUGCCCUUUUCUGGACUGCCACCGAGCCACGGGGCAAGAAACGCGAGCACUUGGGCGUGCUGCCUCACUUGGCUCUCGCUGUCGGCUACGUCUUGCUGCACUGCCUGCUUGUGAUGCUGCAGGCUACCACGUUAAACGUUGCCAUCAACUCGCAAAACAAGGCCCUCCUGACGAUCAUGAUGUCAAACAAUUUUGUCGAGCUCAAGGGCAUGGUGUUCAAGAAAUUCGAGAAGAACAACCUGUUCCAAAUGUCCUGCAGCGACGUGCGGGAGCGCUUCCACUACGUCAUCCUGCUCUUUGUGGUCAUCCUGCAGACGAUGAAGGAGUACAGCUGGCAGGAAGAGCAAUUUUGGACUCUGCUGCCAGACUGCAUGAUGGUGAUGCUGGCAGAGGUUCUGGUUGACUGGGUCAAACACGCCUUUGUGACGCGCUUCAACGAGAUAUCAUACGAGGUGUACAAGGAGUACAUUACCAGCCUUGCGUACGAUUUGGCCAGCAGCAAGCUGAAGAAUGCGUACUCAGACCAUUCGGACCUGAUAUCCCGUCGGAUGGGCUUCAUCCCCCUGCCGCUGGGAGCCCUGCUGCUUCGCAUCAUAGGCGCUUCCGUCCAGGUGCGCGGCUCCAUGGGGCUGCUCAUCGGGCUCCUCGUCUACUUGUGCCUGACAGCACUGAAGGUGCUCAUCAACCUGCUGCUGAUGGGGAGGGCAUGCACCCUGAUUGAGCAGCACCGGCAGUCCGUCAAGGAGAAGGUCCCAGCCCCGAGGCAGUGCACGAGCCUGCCCUCAAGCAGGCGGGCGAGCCUGGACAACCUGCCCGGCACCCUGCUCGCGCCGUGCGCCCAGAGCGAGCCGCAGUCUCCGAGCCCGAGCAUCUCUUCGAGCCUGGCGGACAUCGCGGCCCAGGCGCAGCUCCUGCAAGACACGCUGCAGCCCCGCCCCAUCUUCUCGAACAGCGCGGUCAGCCUCAACGACCUGGGCAUCAACGAGCAGGUGUUUGGGGAGGACAUCGAGGCGAGGGAGGAGGACGCCUUGCGCAGGCGGCGCGACCGUUCGGUCAGCACGGGCAUCCUCCUCGGGGGACCUUACGGGCCCUCGACGCACCCCGUCCGCAAGGAAGCCGGCGACGUGCGCUUUGCCGAGGAGAGCUGACGGAGCGGGCCGCUUCUCUCCGGUCCCGCCGGUGCGUUCGCUCCACGGAGGACGUCGGACGGUGGUUACCUCUCUUCUCUUGGGCUGCACUCAACUCGGGGCUGCCUCUUCUCGACGUCUACGAGGGAUUGCAGCUCGAAGAACCGGCUUCUUUGGACUUUGCCCGGUUACCGCCGUCGUUUUUUCCAGUGCCUGUUCGGAGAUGCCACGGAAUACGGUCGGACCAGGUUACGACUCGUUUGGGGGAAAUCGGCUAUGCGACCGAUGGUCGUUGUUCGUGCCAUCGAUGCAGAGCUGCCUCUCCUGCCAAGCUGGAAAGCGACUGUGAACUGUCGCCAAUCUUGGCUCGUGGUCGUUUUAAAAGAAGUGAGGUUCCUGUUCUCUGCGACGCGGCUCGUCGACGAGAGUUGCUUUGGCUCUGUGUUUUGGGUUUUGCUUUGGUCCGACGACGCGAGGCAGCUUGAACAUUAUGCCACUGUACAAGUUGUAUGAAUAGACAAUGUUAAAGCCACGCCAGAAAGUGACUUCAAGGUGUCCCGCAGGAUACUUUAUGCAAUGAUUUGUGAAAUUUCUGCUAGAGUUGAACUUGUUUUCGGUCAAGCGUACAGUGCUUUGUAACCAGCCAGGCUGGUGCCACGUUUCUCUUUUAGAGAUAGUGCAUGAUGUGCCCUUUUGGGAUUGAUUCUGACGCUGUUUUGCUUGGUACCCCAUCAUUGGUUAGGCUCGUCAUUUCUGGAGAGAGUGCAUCAUGUGGCCAUUGGGGGUUGAUUCUGCUGCUUCCUUGUUUGGUUCCCUGCCAUUGGUUAGGCUUUUCAGUUCUGGAUGUCCUGGAGAGAGUGCAUCAUGUGGCCAUUGGGGGUUGAUUCUGCUGCUUCCUUGUUUGGUUCCCUGCCAUUGGUUAGGCUUUUCAUACGCAGUAGAAUCUCGAUGAUACAAAUCUUUCGCGGAAAAUAUUUUUAUCAUCCGAAAAUCGUAUCAUUUAAAACAGGCUCCAAGAAGGCAAUAAAAUAUGCGUACAUACUCUGUGACACCAGAUGACUCUGGAUGAGUAGCUUGUUUCAAUCCUGGAGACAGUGCAAUACCGCCAGUGUUGCACUGCUUCCGGGAUCGGCCAACUUUUUUAUUUUUAAAGUUUUCUCUAGCCUAGCCCCAGACGUGGCUAAAGAGCCUUGGCUAGGGCUAAAGUAGAACACCCUGGCCAUACCUUUCUAGCCGUGGUGACUAUGGCCCUGUGGCAGUCGCUAUUUCUCACGCCGCGGCUGCUGGCCGUGACUGCCGCUGCUGCACAAAGGAGUCGUUCUUAACCUCCUUGAGGUUGGUGCUUUUGUUCAUAUCAUCCACCGUGGCCCGAGAGAGCAUUCACAUGAUCCCUAAAUGUAGCACAUUACAGAUGAGAUUUCUCGCUCGGGGUUUUUAAAAACUUUUUGUCAUCCCGAAAUUCAGAUCAGCCGUGAUUUUAUCAUCGAGAUUCUGCUGUAAUGUUGUUUGUGCUGCCUGCCCUUUUUAUGGUCAUGGGCCAGUUUUAUGCAAGAUACAAGCUGCUUUUAUUUACGAAAAUGCAGUCAGUGUGCAGGCAAGCUGGUGGAAGAUUUACUAUGGUUACUUUAACACGGGACUAGGGCAGGAGGAGGAAAAAAAAUUUGACAGUGCUAGAAAAAGAAAUGGGAAGAGACACGUCUCUAACUCAGCUAAUGAUUUUAUUUAACCACCCACGUUAUACGCAGAUCGCCACAGAACUGUGGAACAUACCGUUUUUCAAGACCAAUGUGAUGUGGGUGUGGGUUCUGUGCAUUGGCCCCGAAAAAAUGGGAUGUUCCGCAGUGUGGCAUAGCAGAUCUGUGUAAGUAAACCGUCGUUAACUCGAAGUCGUAAAAACUAGAAAGCAAUUUGAGAUAAGCGAGAUACCGAAUUUGAAUUGCACUGAUUGCGCAUUUUGCGAUCAGUACAAUGUAUUUCCAACAAUCGCAGCAAUUAACUUGACGCUCACAGGGUGGGGAGAACAAAACGACCCCACCCAAAUUAUCACCAAGCAACGCUCGUAAGAUGGAACAGCAAAACCGGUAAGCAAAAACGAAACUGGAAAAAAAAAAGGAAAAGACGAGAGGAAGAUAACGUUGAGGGCAAGGGAGAGAAACUGCCAAGCUGGGAGAAAAAAACGAAAAAGUAAGACAAUAAACGUCCUUGAUGGGCACCCUGCUUGGCGCAUUGCCACGCGUAAGAGAGGACUUUUUUUUCCCCCGCAUUGGCUUGUGCGAUUUCUCGCAAUUUUGUUUUAUUUUUGUGUUUGUUUUCGGACUGCUGCUCCUUCCUCACCAAAUUUUAGGCCACCAGUUCAUUCUUUGCUGUGCCCUGCCUGCUUUCUUCUUUUUUUUGUAAUGUCCACAUUUAGAAAUACGAGGUCGUCCUGAAAGCUUUUUCGAGAUAAGCUAUGAGCAGAUGCAUUGUGUCUAUGGUAGUUGAUUCCAUGACAAGAAAAUCUUUCGACUUAACCGACAUUUUGGGAUAGUGAAGUUUGAGUUAAUGAGGGAAUACUGUACAAGGAGGGUGGUUAAAUAAAAUCAUUAGCGGAGUUUCUUUUUCUACCACCAUAAAAAAGUUUUUCUUCCGCCCCAGUUCUGGGUUGAGGUCGUCGCGGUGCUUUUAUUUAUCAUCUACGAUGCCUUGACGUCUGGCAUUUUGUUGCCAGUUUGGUGGGACUUGCUGUUUCCAUGAUUUGUAUGAAUACUAAAGCUAAAAAGAUAUUUUCACGACACUGGCGAACAUGAAUUUGUCUACGGCAGGAGCGACGAGAAAUGUGAAUGUUUUGACGAGUUUCUAGGAAUCGACAAAGUUCCUUCGUCAUGUUAUGUUUGUGCUACAGCAUGCAAUUUCUAGUCAUGAUGUACAUGCAAACAUGGGAAGGCUCGACUGUUCUGUGCCACGGUGAUAUCCCCCAGCUCUCGAUUUCUUGCUGUACAAAUGGAGAGAGGGGCAUUUUUUUAACCGGGGCUCGUUUCUCAUCUUGCCCCUGUAUGGCUUGACUGCCGAGGAACCUUAGCUGCUCUCCGCAUUGCUGCAAUCAACCCUGUGCAUGCCGGGGAGAAAACCUCGAGGGAUGGGCCUGUGAGAUGAGCAAACGUUUCGGCCUUUGAGAACCCACAUUUGAGUUGGUACUGCCGUACGCACGGCGCAUGGGCGUUUUUGCCAGCCAGGGUGCAACUUGGCAUUGGGUUGUUGUGAUAGCGGCCACCCGUUUGGAGCGUUUUCUUUGCUCAACUGGCACAGUCGGUUUCACUGUACUGCACGUGCUGAGGCGAGCCACUGAUCCUUUCACAAGUUGGAGCAAACGCAGUUGAUGUAUUGUUCUUUGUACAGGUAAUUUAGCUGGGCUUUUUUUUUUUACUAUAUUUCUUUUUAGUGAACAGGCUUAGCAGUUCAUUGCUAACAUUGUGGUCAUUCCAUCAUUUUAUGUCUAGAAGGUUCGGGUGUGGCCACGUACCCUGGCACGGUGCUGUACUCUUUUGCCAGUGUGAGAUAUGAGGCCUAACAUUUUAUGUACACUAAUUUUGUUUGCGGUUUAUUAACAGGAUCACCGAACCCCAAGACUCGGAUAUUUAUUUACGAGGGCCAAUUGAAAAGUAAUGAGACCUAUUUUUUUUAUUCAGAAUCGGCCGGCUCGACAGGCUCCGAUCAUUUUUGCUCUUCGAGGUGGCAGCCUUCACAUUCGAUACAUUGGUCAGAACUUUUCGAGAACAUUUCGGAGAAAUGUCGUAAAACGUUUUGCGACACCACUUUUUCAACAUUGUAGCUGCAACUUUGUUCGCUCCGUCGUACGAAGAGAACUUGCUUCCAUGCAGUUAUCUUUUUUUAGCAUUGGAAAUGGCUGCAGUUUUCAGGGCGAUAAAUCCGGGCUGUAUGAAGCCAUACUUUCGCAAACACGUCUUGUUCAUCCGCCAUGAUGACACUGCGAGGUGCCUUGCUGCAACACUACGCUAAAAAUGGUCCUGCUUCGGGCAUUCCCAAGCUUCGGAACAAGAUUGCCCAUCCACCUAAACAGCAGCAGUCUCAUUACUCGUCAAUCUUCCCUCAUGUCUACUUUUGAUAGAAUUCUUUUUAUGCUGCGUGUGCAUGCGUGUGUGCGAGUGCGUCGGAGCAGAUUUUGAAAAAUAAAAUAUUGCAACGAGAAAA